GUCGUCACUUCCACGCGCUCAUUGCAGUCACUCCCAUCAUGGAAAGCUCACACUGACUCCCUGCUAGGCGUUCAAGAAUACAACAUGUGGGAGGGAUUUCACAUGUGGGCACGACCUGAGGAGAGACAAGGACUUGUAACUCUGUCAAAUCUAUCCACGCCAACGAUGUAUCACGCAAUAUAUGUCAACGCCCUGAAUUAUUACUGCAGGCUCUCUCUCCUUUUCCCUGCAGGAGCGAGCAAACCUAGUAGACAGCUCUGGCCCCACGCCAUCAUAGGUGUUCCACCAAACACCUCUGCAACAGCCUUCUCGGAUGGCAGGUUGAGCAGCAAAUCAGGAAUCAUCAUGUCGAUGCAUAUCUUUGAUGCUGGUUCAUUUGCACCUUUGUCCUCAACAUCAGCAAGAGAGCUGCGGCUUAGAAACGACGAAUGACGCAUGGGAGCAUCCCCUAUUCUCAGGUACUUCGAUGGUCUGUACAGUAAUUCCGUGAUGGGCAGCAUGUUCUGGAGUGAUACCUUUGUACGGGAGAAACUUUGGGGUCGCGAAUCGUGCGAUGAUAAGAGUGUGACUUCAAUCCGAGUCGCGCGG